AUGUUAAUUUUAUUUUCUCGUGUUUCAACAUGGCUUUUCAUAGAAAUGAUAGCCUCGUUAAGUUUAGUCGUAUUAAAUUUAUUUAUACCGAUGUUAAUGGUGUUUGGCUCAUUUCGUAACGCCGUUAAUUUCUAUCUAUCAAGUGCGGCUCUAUCAAGUUCAAUGAUUAAUUUUUUAUAUCUAAUUUAUCUUAUUCAAACUCUUCGUUCAAGAGUUCUUUCGGAAAAUAAUUGCCGAGCAAUAUAUUAUCUACAAACAUCGUGUAUACUUAUACUCGCUUAUACAAUAGUCGCGAUGCAUGCAAAUUUUAUUCUAUGUUUAUUUCCAUCAUCAUCAGCCCAUCAUCAUUCAGCUCGUACUUGUUUACAGUCAUUUGGUGUUUGUUUACGACGAAUUUUUCGCCGAUUUUGUUAUUUUUUUGUUAUAUGUUUAUGGUCAUUUGCAUUCAUAGCAACAAUCCCGUUACUUUAUUCUAUCGAUUCAAAUGAAAAAUUGCCUAAGCCAGUUUAUUGUCCUGGUACCACACAAGUGAGUUAUCGUGAAGAACUGUUUAAUCGCAAUCGUUUUACGCAAACUAUUAUAUUUAAUUUAAUUCCUUUAAUACUAAAUUUAUUUUUAUCAUUAAUUGCUGUGUUGAAAUUAUUGUACGAUUGUCUUGUUUAUCUAUGCGCACGUUGUAGAAUGUCAAAAUGUUCACUAUGUCGAAAGAAAUCUUCUUCCAUGCAGCAAUCUCAAUCAAAUAUACCUAAUGCAAUGUCGUUUUUAUCAUCACUUAGUAUUGUUGCAAGAAAUAAUAUGCAACAUGGUAUCAAUUUAGCACCAGUCAUGGAAACAACAACAGCACCGUCGCCGCCGGAUAAUGAAAUAAAUAUAACAACCUCAGAUUUCGUAGUACAAUCUUGUGGACAUUGGUUAUCAAAAUCGUUUAUUCGGUCAUUACUUGUAAUAUCAGUUUGUUUGUUAGCUUGUAUUUACCCAGUUGUGAUGCGAUUUUAUUUAGUCUACUUUUCCGUACUUCUCCCAUUGGUAUUUGCUUUAUUGAAUUAUUCUUUCGUACAAUUACAAUCAACACAACAACAAACAACUGUUGAAAAUUAUGCGACAUCUGGAAUCAUUCAACCGGCCGCAGCAUCUUCUACUGACACAAAUGGUGCAUUGAAUAUGAAUAAGAGUGAAAUAUUUCAAAAUCAAACAUCUAUAAAACGUGACCUAAAUAAUUCUUCAAGUGAGCAAUUUGAAUUACAAUCAUCAUUAAUAAAAUCUCUAUCGAACGAAGACAAUCGAUUAAUUGAUACACCAUCAACAAUACGAAAGAAACAAAAAUAUUUUUCCAAUCGUUUAUAUGAAAAUUCUCGAACUUUGUUUAUCAGUCGAAAUCAUUGA